GCCAAGAUGGGCUUCCGUGAAGGAGAAGGCCUGGGAAAAUACGGCCAAGGCAGAAAGGAUAUCGUUGAGGCCUCCAAUCAGAAAGGAAGGAGAGGCUUUGGACUGACCCUCAAAGGGUUUGAUGGGGAGCUGAAUAUUGACUGGCAGGAUGAACCAGAGCCCAGUGCCUAUGAGGAGGUAGACUGGUGUGCAGGAUGCACCACAGAAAUCCCUGAUGCCCAGGAGCUGAAGGAAUGGAUGACUGUGGGGAAGAGGAAGAUGGUGAUUGAAGAUGAAACUGAGUUCUGUGGUGAAGAGCUUUUACGUAAUGUGCUGCAGUGCAAGAGUGUAUUUGAUGAGCUGGAUGGAGAAGAAAUGCGUCGAGCCCGGACGAGGUCUAACCCUUAUGAGAUGAUCCGUGGAGUCUUCUUCCUGAACAGAGCUGCAAUGAAGAUGGCAAAUAUGGACCAUGUCUUUGACUACAUGUUUACAAAUCCUAAGGACUUCCAUGGGAGGCCCUUGAUAAAGGAGCGAGACGCAGAGCUGCUUUACUUUGCUGACGUGUGUGCUGGUCCUGGGGGCUUCUCUGAGUACGUCCUGUGGAGGCGGAAGUGGCACGCCAAAGGAUUUGGCAUGACCUUGAAAGGACCAAACGACUUCAAACUAGAGGAUUUCUAUUCUGCCUCCAGUGAGCUCUUUGAACCUUACUAUGACAUCACCCGCUCAGAGAACAUCUCUGCUUUCCGGAAUUUUGUUUUGGACAAUACUGAUCGGAAGGGAGUGCAUUUCUUAAUGGCUGAUGGGGGCUUCUCUGUGGAAGGCCAGGAGAAUCUGCAAGAAAUCCUAAGCAAACAGCUUAUGCUUUGUCAGUUCCUUACAGCGCUGUCUGUUGUCCGAACAGGAGGACAUUUUGUCUGCAAAACUUUUGACCUGUUUACCCCAUUCAGUGUGGGGCUUGUUUAUCUGCUGUACUGCUGCUUUGAGCGAAUUUGCAUCUUUAAACCUGUGACAAGCCGUCCUGCUAACUCAGAGAGGUACGUGGUAUGCAAAGGACUAAAGCAAGGGGUUGAUGAUGUGCGGGACUACCUCUUCAUGGUGAACAACAGACUCAAUCAGCUGCGCAACUCGGACGUGGAUGUAAACCUUGUCGUCCCGGUGAACGUGCUCAAAGGCGACCAGGAUUUCUAUAAUUACAUUGUUCACUCUAAUGAAAACCACUGCAAAAUCCAGAUCAAGGCACUAGCCAAAAUUCGUGCUUUUGUUCAAGACACGACGCUGAUUGAGCCACGGCAGGCUGAAAUUCGAAAGGAGUGUCUCCAGCUGUGGGGGAUUCCUGAUCAGGCCCGUGUUGCUCCUUCAUCUUCAGAUCCCAAGUCCAAGUUCUUUGAGCUGAUUCAGGGCACAGACAUUGAUAUCUUCAGUUAUAAACCAACUCCUCUUACUUCCAGUACACUGGAAAAGAUCCGCCAAGUGUUAGAUUACCGGUGUAUGGUGUCUGGAAGUGAACAGAAGUUCCUCUUGGGGCUAGGGAAAUCACAGAUCUACACCUGGGAUGGUCGCCAGUCAAAUCGCUGGACAAAGCUGGACUUGAAAACUGAACUGCCACGAGAUACCCUUCUCUCUGUGGAGAUUGUUCAUGAACUGAAAGGAGAGGGGAAAGCUCAGCGAAAAAUCAGUGCCAUACACAUCCUGGAUGUCUUGGUGCUGAAUGGCAACGAUGUUCGAAAUCAGCACUUCAACCAGAGGAUCCAGCUUGCUGAGAAGUUUGUCAAAGCUGUUUCUAAACCUAGCCGGCCAGAUAUGAACCCCAUUCGAGUGAAGGAAGUGUACAGAUUGGAGGAGAUGGAGAAAAUUUUUGUGAGGUUAGAGAUGAAGAUCAUCAAGAGUUCAGGGGGAAUACCCCGGCUAUCCUACACGGGCCGAGAUGACCGGUACUUUGUGCCCACGGGACUCUACAUUGUACGGACUGUGAAUGAUCCCUGGACAAUGGCGUACAGCAAAAAAUCCAGGAGGAAGUUCUUCUUCAACAGGAUAACCAAGAGUUCAACAUAUGAUCUCCCUUCUGAUUCCAUUGCACCCUUUCAUGUCUGCCAUUACAGCCGUCUCCUCUGGGAGUGGGGGGAAGGUGUCAAAGUGCAUGACUCUCAGAAAAGGCAAGAUCCAGAGAAGCUAUCAAAGGAUGAUGUCCUGUCUUUCAUCCAAGCACACUACCCCUGAUCCAUGCACUCAGGAGGCACAUAGGGGAGUGCUGAGCCUCGCUUGGAUUCUUCAGGACUGGCUGGACUGGGAAGAUUCCAUAACUUCUAUCUCUGGUUUUCUCCAGAGCUGAUUUCCUGGAGGUGAUCUAAUCAGGGGUGAUAUGCAGAAGCAUAGGACAAGGCUGCAGCCUGGGAUGACAGUGUAUGUAAGUGUAUGGCCCAGGUAGUGCCUACUGCAGGAGUACCCAUGGAGACUCCUGGAGCCAAGGUCUAAUGCCCUUUUGUCCCGACCUACUGCAUGCAUAAGGCCAAGGAGCUGGCAGCUUUCCUUGUCCCUGUUCAAACAUUCAGCUAGGUUUGUGGAGCUCUCUGUGUGCCAGAACUCUCUUGAGGUGGCACAUGCUUCCUUGGCAGUGUGGGAAGGAGCAGAGGAUGGUGACAGAAUGGAGAACAGCACAUUCAAGCAACCCCACGUUGUUCCUAGCAGCUGUCUGUCUCCUUGGCCUUGUCAAGGGCCUUUGCUACCCAACAGUGGGUAUAACUCAUUAAGGGAUGCUAGCUUUGGGACAUGAGUAUUUAUUCUUGCUGAUGUCUCCUGCACUUGUGCUGUCAAGGCACUAGGCUGACCACUGGCAAUUCCUCUGUGAUGGUAUCCUGGUGAACAAAAGCCAAACCAGGUGGUAAGAGGAGAGUUCCUGACCUGGUUUUGAUGUGCUGAGCGCCAGGGUUUUCUCAGAUCUUUAGAAGCUGCUGUGACAAGGAUUUCCCCUCUCCAGGUCUAAGACUGACUCUGAGCCACCAGACUGGUAUUAGUUUAUGAACAUGUCUAUGCCUCGUGGUAUUUCUGAGACCAAGG